GUCUAACGUGCGUCCAAGAGGCUCUACACCUGGCGGGACGAGCACAGGCCUCGGCAGCAGACGGUACCCUGACUAGGAAGCAACAUUACUGCAAGUGGAAUGAUCCUUGUGGUGUUAGGAUGCUGUGGAAGUGAUUCUUCGAAAGCUUUAUGGUGGACAGAUUCUGCAGGUUCUGUAUGGCGACGAGAGGCGAGAUGCAAGGCAAGGAGAUGACUGCAAACCAGAAGAUGACCUUGAGGGUCAUUCUAACAGAGGCGGAUAUAAGAAAAGUCAUCCUAACCACAAGGCCCUCUACAGUCGAAGAUUUGAUAAGCAAGCUUAAAGAAUCACUGGGACUUCAUUAUAACUUUAGUCUCCAAUACCAAGACCCUGAAUUCAAUAAUGAACUAUGCAAUCUGACAGCUACUGAAGAACUUCCAGAAAAACCAACAAUUAAAGUCAUGCCUGUCCUUGAGCUGGUACCUGUCUCAUCUGAUGAAGUCUUCAGUGACACACCCAGUACAGCAGAUACAGACAUACUCUCACACUCAUCUCAGGAGCGACAUAAACAGUGGCCAGAAUUUUUUGAUAUCCCUACCAUGUCUGUGGAUGUAGAGUAUAGACUUAGGCAAGCAGAUCUGCUGUUUAUGAGUGAGGGUACAUACCUUUAAAGUAUCAAAAGAACUAAAACACGAGAUACUUGAAAGAUUGGCAGAGAGCAUGUAUAGCUACACAGCAUACCCAACUGCUGCUCAGUUCGAAAGUGUUGCAGCAGCACUGAUAAACAAGCACCCUUGUCUCCAGGAGCGAGGCUCAACCACUCGCUGUUGUGGUUGGAAAAAUAGCCUUAAGCAUAAAAUGGGUAAUUAUCGAACAAAGCGUAGGCAAUCAGGAUGCCUUGAUGUUUCAGUAAAUGCAGGUAAGCGGGGAAGGCAUUCAGCAGGACAACCAGCUAACAAGCGCAUCAAGAAGGCAAACAAAGGUGAAAUCAACUACUUGCCCAACUUUCCGGAUGGAUUUGAUCAGGCAGCACUGGAGGGGGCCUGUAAAGACUUGGUUAAUGAAAUGCAGAAGAGAACACCAAAUGGACCUCUUGUGAAACAGAAGAUGGAUCAGACUUUUUCUCUGAGAAGAAAAGAGGUAGUGGAGUCGGAACCCGCUAUAAGCACGAUGGUGAAACGCUGGCCUGCCCUUUUCACUGAAGAUCAAGUGUUCAUGGAGUUCAGCAGGAUUGUGGGCAAGAACCUCAAACAGGAGUUCUAUGAGAGCAUCGACCGGCACAGUCCUCGUCUCCUGGAGUUAUUUCAAUCCAAGAGAGGGAAUGUUGGACAGUUGUUGACACAGAUUUCACAACAGACCAAUACUACAGAGCCAACUACGAUCCGGACACAAGUGCUCAGAGGGCUUCCUAUCAUCCUUGGGGACAACCCUACAAACUUCUUCAAAGCAAGCUUUGAAUCUGAUGAUGAUGAUUAUUUUCGUGACCUUGACGUUGGGAUUCUUCUUAUUGAGCGUGAAGGUGCUGUGCUCACGUCUUCCCAGCAUCUCAGUCCAGCCUCGUUGAAAAUCGUCAUUGAGGGAGAAGUUGUAAUGGAGAACAUUCAAGAUCUGCCAAAAGCAAUGUGCAUUUGGACUCAUGUAUGCACUUCAUCUUUACUACCCCAAGACCAUGAAGCUCACAUUUCAGUUCAUCCAACAGCUUCUCCCGUGUGGAAGGUGCUACAGGUAUCAACCAAAACUACUCGUCAAAAAACCCGCUUCUUUCCUUCAGCUGUCAGACGAACACUUAACACCCCCAUGAGACCCCAUUCUGAUCUGAAUGCACUGAAAGCUCUGGACUGAACUGGACUUGUUUGCACAGGUACAUCACUGUACAGUAUCACAUAUAUUCACUGUAUAUUCUCACAUUCAAGGGUUUUCUCCAUGUGUGUUGUUGUAAUUAUUGAUGUUUUAACAUAUGACAGCCAAGCACGUGCACACAUAGACAUCCAAAGCACCUGCCCUUUUUCUCAAGUAUAUCCAGCUGCAGCCCGCAGACGGAAGUUGAUCUUCCAAAUAUGGUUUGUCCCAGAAUCCACCGCGCUCAAAAUGUGAUGACAUUGAUCUCGGCCCACGUACAGGAUAGAUCCUGAUGCAAAGUGUUUAGAGGCCAACAACAGAACUUUAAAUACACUUCUGAGAAGUUUUGAGAAAUCACUGGGUAGAUUACAAAUAUUGGCAGUUUUACAAAAAUUGAUGGUGAAUCAAAAAUGUGUUCAAAUGUUUUUGUGUCGACCAUGGUGUCAACUUGUGUCAAUAUUAUAGCUGCAUUAACGUUUCCUGGAGGCUGCACAGCAACAAGAUGGAGGUUAAUGUGCGCCGCUGUAGGGUUAACCAGUUGACAUGCGACAAUCAAUAACUCAGGUUUAGUCGUAAUUAGGUUGUAAUGUACAGAAUAUUCUUGGUUCGUGAAACUUAAAAUCACUUUGGAACAAAUAAUAAACACGUUUUACGUGUGGUGGCUUCUGGGAUGAACCGUAUAUGGAAGUUCAACUUCCGACACGUUUGUCUGCGGGCUGCAGCUGGACUUUUUCCUUUUUCUACCUCAAGAGGAAGUGCUCUUUUUUUCUGCGGUGCUCCUCCCAGCUACUCUCCUAGAUGUGUUUUUUUGGCUUUUAUGGCGGUGAGUGGUGAUGAACAACAGAUUAAGCUACCAGUGCCUCCAGUUUACACCUCAUAAUUGAACAGAAAAAUACAGGUAACUUGUGUCCUGCUGACAUGCAAGUUUAGCUAAGUCAUAUGUCCAUACAGGCUAAUGUACUUUACUUAAUGGAGACACAACAGGUGAAUAAAGUAAAAUAUUUCAUCAUAACUGACACAUUGAUAUGCAAAUCAGACUUUAAUUAUUUGCAUACAUUUGACUAGGCACUGCAGGUGAAUAGGAUAAACAAACAAACAACAGAAGAAGAAGACGACAUACUUUAUUAAUCCCACAAGGCGGAAUUCAAUGUUCUCACUCUGGUAUUGUUAGAAAGGUUCAGAUGUUGUGUUGUUAACGCCUUGUCUGAUAAUAGUCACAAUAUUACUAUUCAAAUGGCUGUAGUGUUUUCUAAUGGAGUAGGUAUAGUGGCUUAGUGUGAUGGUUAAUGUUCACUGGUUUCGUUUUUAAUAUCCCUGUGAGGGGGCAUGGUUAAUGCUCUAGUUCACCUGAGUUAGUUCAGAGCAGUGGAGGAAUAAAGACGUGUGCCUACAUGUUACAGUUUGCUAGGUUAAUGUGAAAAAGGGAAGUGUGCGUUUGACUCAGAUGCAGAUGCCCCUGCAUCGAGACACUGCAGUUGAAAUCUAUUAUUGUUAUUAGUAGGCACACACGGGUCUGAAAUACACAUGCAACAACACACGGAGAAAUGUCAGAGGCUUCUCACCUUUAGUUUUUAACACACUAAAAUUACCUUUGUUAAAGGUUAGGUCUUUGGCAGGAAAUACAUUUUUAUUCAGUGAUUUUAGUGUUUCAUAAGUGAAGCUAGAGUGCAU